CCCCGCGCGAGUCUUUUUGUGUGUGUAGUGACGUCAGCCCGCGGCGUUACGGUUGGAGCUGAAGAUGGCGAGCGCAGAGACCGCAGCGGAACACGAGCGGAUCCUCCGGGAGAUUGAAAGCACUGACACAAACUGUAUCGGUCCCACACUCCGAUCCGUGUACGAUGGGCAAGAGCAUGGGCUCUUCAUGGAGAAGCUGGAGGGACGGAUUCGCAAUCAUGACCGUGAGAUCGAGAAGAUGUGUAACCAUCACUUCCAGGGCUUUGUGGAUUCCAUCACAGAGCUGCUUAAAGUUCGGGGAGAGGCACAGAAACUCAAGAGUCAGGUGACUGAAACCAAUCAGAAGAUGCAGAACAACGGCAAGGAGCUACUGACAUCGAUGGACGAGCUGAGACGAUGUAGAUUGCAACAGAGGAACAUUGCCACCACCAUCGACAAACUCACACACUGCAUUCCAGUGCUCGAAAUGUACAGCAGGCUGCAAGAACAGAAGAGGGCCAAGAGAUACUACCCUGCGUUGUGCACGUUGGAGCAGUUGGAGCAGAACUGCCUGCCGAAGGCGGGACAGUAUCGUUUCUGCACCAUCAUGGCGGAGAACAUCCCCGUCGUGCGCACACACAUCAGAGACGUCUCCAUGUCUGACCUCAAAGACUUUCUGGAGAGUGUACGUAAACACUCGGACAAAAUUGGAGAAGCUGCCAUUAAACAGGCACAGGUGAGGAGCUCUCGCGACAGUGCGCUCACACGGCAGCAGCGGGCAGGCAGCGGAUGGAGAUUGCGUAAGGAGGCGGGAUCAGGUACAGAUGUGGACCGGUCAGGUGGCAGUCCUCUUUCAGAAGAGGAUUCUGGGAUAUUAGAUGUAGAGGAUGAGGAGGAAGAUGAGAUUCCCGGCGCUCAAGACUUGGUGGAUUUCUCUCCUGUGUAUCGCUGCUUGCACAUAUACACAGUUCUGGGUGCCCGGGAUACGUUUGAGAACUACUACAGGAAAGAGAGGAGGAAACAAGCACGGCUGGUGUUGCAGCCACAUUCAAACAUGCACGAAACCCUAGAGGGAUACAGGCGGUACUUCAAUCAAAUUGUAGGUUUUUUUGUAGUGGAGGACCACAUCCUGCAUACGACACAAGGCCUAGUGAACAGAGCUUAUGUGGAGGAAUUAUGGGAGCUAGCUCUGUCAAAGACCAUUGCAGCGCUGCGUACACACUCGUCAUACUGCACUGAUCCUGACCUGAUUCUGGACCUGAAAAGCCUUAUAGUCCUGUUUGCAGACACGUUACAGGGUUAUGGGUUUCCAGUAAACCAGCUGUUUGACAUGGUGCUUGAGAUGAGGGAUCAAUAUGGAGAGGUUUUGCUGAAAAAGUGGAAUCAGUCCUUUAGACAAAUCCUUGAUCAGGACAAUUACAGUCCCAUUCCUGCAGCAACGGAAGAAGAGUAUCGGCAAAUCACGAGCCAGUUCCCCUUCCAAGACUCCGAGCUAGAAACGAUGCCUUUUCCAAAGAAGUUCCCAUUUUCUGAAUUUGUGCCUAAAGUCUACUCGCAGCUCAAAGAGUUUAUAUAUGCUUGCCUCAAAUACUCUGAGGACCUGCACCUCAGUUCUACAGAAAUUGAUGACAUGAUACGCAAGUCAACUAACCUGCUGCUCACAAGAACUCUGAGUAACUGCCUGCAGUAUGCCAUCAAGAAGAAGAAUGUGGGAUUAGCAGAGUUGGUUCAAAUCAUCGUAAACACAACACACCUAGAGUUGUCAUGUCGUUACCUGGAAGAGUUCAUCUCCAACAUCACCAAUGUGCCUCCAGACACAGUUAACACCACCAAACUGUAUGGCACUUCCACCUUUAAGGAUGCAAGGCAUGCUGCAGAAGAGGAGAUCUACACUAAUCUGAAUCUAAAGAUUGAUCAGUUCCUGCAGCUGGCGGAUUAUGAUUGGAUGGCAGCUCAAGGGGGCGUUAAGGCCAGUGACUACCUGAGUGACCUCAUUGCCUUCCUCUGCAGCACGUUUGCUGUGUUUACACAUCUGCCGGGCAAUCCCAUAGAGCACGCCAGAUUGCCGGGAAAGGUUGCUCAGACAGCAUGUAUGUCUGCAUGUAAACAUCUGUCCACCUCCUUGCUGCAGCUGCUGCUCGAAGCUGAUGUCAGGCAGGUAUCUAUGGGAGCACUCCAGCAGUUCAACGUAGAUGUCAAAGAGUGUGAGAGGUUUGCCAGGGCCGGCCCGGUGCCUGGCUUCCAGGGGGACACUCUGCUGCUCGCCUUCAUCGACUUGAGACAACUGUUGGAUCUCUUUACGCAGUGGGAUUGGUCUACAUACCUCGCAGACUAUGGACGUCCAACCUGCAAGUACCUGAGGGUCAGCCCUCAUACCGCUCUGGCCCUCCUGGAGAAGAUUUCUCGAGCGAUGAAGGACACUAGUCGGAAAAACAACAUGUUUGCUCAGUUCCGUAAGAAUGAGCGUGACAAGCAGAAGCUCAUUGACACCGUUGUGAAGCAGCUGCGGAACCUUAUUGCCAGCCACCAGUCCUGAGUCCAGUGGCAUAUUAGCUGAUUUUCCCGAGAAUUCCUUGACUAGUCACUACCAGUAACUGCACCUACACCAAACACUGUUUUUGCGUUGUAAAAGAGCAGAAAGAAUAGAAGCAAAGCAAAUGUAAAAGGCAAUUGAAAAAUAGGGUGCCAUAAUUUUUUUCAAAUUAAGUAUUUGUUUUACCCAAAUGGUUCCAGCUAAUCCAAGUUCUGCAGUCUUUUGUCUCAGACUUACAAUGUCUUCCUGACAGCAUCUCACUGGCCUCAGUAUUAAUGAACCUUCAGUCUGCUCUCCUGUCCUCCUACAGUUAAGCACUAAAUGUUUUAUGCCUGUCUCUAUGAGACUUUGGUUAUUACCUUCACAUAUCUGUACGUUUGACAAUAGGGACUUUUAGGGACAGCAAAACCCUGUAGUUUAUUAGGGAGCUCAUUUAACCCAUCUAGCAUGAGUUCAAUUGAAAUGUUGCAAAAUAAAAACGAUGACACUAUCAUUAGCAUUUCUGCAGUAGUGCAAUGCUGAAAGUCCCUAGUUUAUUUUUAACCAUCCUCAGCAGAGAGAAGUAAACUGAUGUAUCGGAACAUGCUGUAUUUUGUAGCCUUACGCCACUGUGCUGUUAAGGUUGCUAACUGAGCAGAAACACCGUCAUUGUUCUCAUUUCUGACAACACUGAUUCUGUAAUUUCCUUUAAAUAGAUAAAAAGAAAAAGGAAGAAUCAAGCUGCAAAUGAUUUCUGUUAUGGCCUUAACCUCCUGCAGAAUCUCUUAUCAGCUGCUGUUAUUCUGUACAGGCUAAUUAUCAUAUCUAGAUAGAGCUCCUAAAAGGAAAAGCUCAGUGUUCUUGCCUGUAUAACGAGUGUGUUUGUGUGUGCGCGCGCUCCUUCUUUUGGGCUGUGGGUUAUUGUGGGUCUUUAUUUAACUGAUGGGUUGUUCUCAUCAAUUGGGUGCAAUAUGACUAUUUUUCAAAGAGGGAAGAAAUCAUAAAAUUUUAGGAAUGUAAGUAAAGUUUUUUUUUAUUUUAUUGUUAACAAAGGAGUUUAUGGUGUUAGUUUUAUUCUAGAUUUAUGUGCUCUGUGUGUGUGUGUGAGUGUGUGUGUGUGUGUGAGAGAGAGAGAGAGAGAAUCAUUCCUACCCCAUUUUGUGUGUGCGUGUGCAUAAACCCCAGCAAAUAGUGAAGGGAUAGAAAAUAAUCAGAACCUAAAG